GUGCGUGCAUAAAAAAUACAUACAAUUGUACACUCCGACCAGAUAGUUCUUCUCACACCUUUCUUUCCUUUUCUCUUUCUCUUUUUCUCACUCCUCUCUUUCUCUCUUUCUCUCUUUCUCACUCCUUCUGCAAAGCUUCAUGGAAAUGGAGCAGAACUCAGCACCAAUUUUGGAACCUGUAGAUUCAACAACCAUUAGCAAAACCAAGUCCGUGGAAUAUGCAGAAGUCCCCUUGGACAAGCAAAAUUUUGAAGCUUCUCCAUUCGUCAUCAUUAGCGCAGUUCUAUCUGUUAUAUCUGCGUUCAUCGAUAUGCUCUUUUCAAUUCUUGUAUUGGCAGCUGGUUUCCUAACUGUUUAUCUAAAUGCUACAACCAAUUGGCUAAAGAAAACCACGGAGAAAUUAAACGCCAAGGGCAAGGAAAUAGAGAGCCACAUGAAUCGUGGAGAAACCAAUAACCCUAACCAAGAUGGCAACAGCAAAGAGGAUCACAGAUUGGUAACUUCCUCCAUUAAUCGCUGCGAAACUUCCAAUUCUGCUGAAAAACGCUAUGCACUUGAUAACUGCUUUAACAACAAAGACAAUGGGGACCAAGAUUACAGCAAUUGUGAGAUUAUCGGUUGUUCUAUGGCUAAAGAUUGCUACAACAACGAGGCAUCAGGCUUACAAGAUCUCAGCCAGGCAAACCUCAACAUUUCUGAAUCCGAAAAUUGCUUUAACAACAAGAGCUCAAAAUCACAAACUUACAGGAGGGCAAAGAUUGGCAAUCCUAACGACCCCGAUUUCGCAAUUCGUAAUACCUACAACAAUGAAAAGAACGGAGCCCAAAACCGGGAUGAUUACAAAUAUUUGCCCAGGGGAAACAUUAUGAAUGAACACCAAACUCCUAAUUAACAUCCAAGAGAGAGAAAAGAGUAUGGGUAUGAAAUAAUGUUAUAUGUAGUAUUCAAGACCGUUAUUGUUUUCAUGCAGUUUCUUUAUCAUGUAUUUGGAGACUAUGUUUAUUUUGGUUUGCAUGGGACACCAUAUAGAACUGUUUCAAGUUAAUACCUAUAUGUCUACUCUUCUUUCGCUUA